AAAUGUUUCUUAAUGAUGUUUGAGCUCGUGCAGCUUAGAGGCGGGGCCUGCUCUGCGGUUGGCGGACAGAAGAAACGGGCUCCUUCGUCCAAACGUCUUUCGUCUCGUGGUUUCCUAGAAAUGGCAACGACCGCAGAAGAGCUGCGGGAACAGGCGGACGUAGCUGCGCCCUCCACCCACCUCAACAACAAUAACAACAACAAUAACAAUAAUAACAAAGACACAGAGGCGGGGGAGAGCACGACCUCCGCCACCACCUCCGCCGCAUCCUCCGAACCAGGCGGGACGGCGUCGCAGAACGUCGGAAACGGCUCGGUCAUUCAACCCAACGGGGGGAGUAACGGCAAGUGGGUCCGGCUGAACGUCGGGGGGACGGUGUUCCUCACUACGCGGCAGACUCUGCUCAAGGAGCAAACUUCGUUCCUGUAUCGGCUCUGCCAGCAGCAGGACCUGCACUCUGACACGGAUGAGACUGGAGCCUAUGUAAUUGACAGAGACCCAACCUACUUUGGUCCCAUCCUGAACUACCUGCGGCACGGCAAACUGGUUUACAACAAGGAGCUCGCAGAGGAAGGAGUCCUUGAGGAGGCAGAGUUUUACAACAUCACCCCACUGAUCAAACUUAUCAAGGACAGGAUCAUAGAGAGGGACUCAAAAGCCACACAGCAGGUACCACCCAAGCAUGUCUACAGAGUGCUGCAGUGCCAGGAGGAGGAGCUGACCCAGAUGGUCUCCACCAUGUCGGACGGCUGGAAGUUUGAGCAGGUCAGCGUGCGCACCUGCAGAAAGCCCCGCACCGGACUGCUCUGGACUAUGGUGAACAUCGGCUCCUCGUACAGCUACGGGACAGAGGACCAGGCCGAGUUCCUGUGUGUCGUAUCGAAGGAACUUCACACGCCUGGGUCGGGCCUAGGAACGGAGCAGAGCCACAAAACCAAGCCACCAGAGAAGCCGGAGGAGGAGGCGGCGAAGGAGGAAGAGGAGGAAGAAGAGGGAGGGAGAGAAACCACACCGAAUGAGUGGCUUAGAGAAUGAGGGAGUCAUGUUUCUUUGUUCCAAAGAGAGGCAGGAAUGGCUUUUCCAGAUCCACGGGUCCCGCAUGUAAAACGACGGGAGGCCGUGGGUUUCCAUCAGCGGUCCGUCUGUAAAACUCUGAUUUUAUUUUAAACGGGUGCCUGAGGGCAUCAGCAAACGAUGAGAAAUAAGGUCAGCUGUAGCAAAAUGCUUCGAAAACAUUUUCCGGUUUAAUUGUAUGUAGAUAGCUGAAGGGCAGUAAUGGAUCUUAGUAAAUUAUAACCAAAGAGUCAAAUCACAGCUGGCUGAAGCAAGGGGCAGAAGCCCUGAGGUGACGGACCUUCAGAGUGUUCACUGCGGAGUGAGUGACAGUGGGAAUGGUGGUGCAGCAUCUGGCCCAUGACUUUUCCUUCAGUGGCGUCUGUUCAUGCUGCAUCAUGUACGAUCACAAUAGAACAGAGUACACCUGCUUUUCAUUUCUAUUCGGCUCCUAUUUGCUGUUAAAAUCUGAUAAUAAUUACCUUAAGAUAGCAAGAAGAUAUCAAGAAUAUAAAAUGGACUUUCAGCUGCUGAGUCACAGGCUCCGUUCUUAAUCGCCUCCACAAUUGCUCAUUUGUUCACAAAAAAAAUAUGUAUUUGCGUUUGAAAAGCUGCACCGCCCUCCAACAUCCGUCCUUUUAAUUAUGACGAUAUAAUCACUUAGGCGCUAGAAGAGUGAGGAGCUAUCAGGCCAAUGGUCUUCCUCUGUUCUCAGUGGGGAACAUGGUAUAUAUAUAUGGAUCUGCUGUGAUACUGGUGGCAUAGGUGUGUCCAUCAGGUGUGAGUUAUUGGCAAUUGAAUUAUUUAAAAAAAUCUAUUUUUUUGUAAAUACAGAAAAUGGGUUAAAAUAAAGACAUUCUUGGCCUUUUUUCCUAGAUGUAUUUGUUUAGAGAUAUGUUCAACAAGAAGGGAUGAGGAGGUUACUGCUGUAGGAGAGGCACAGUUUGGUCUUAAGUCUUAAAUUUGCACCAGAGCUUCCUGGUGCUGCUGCACCUCCAGAGGCUGCAGCUGCUGCUGAGUCAAUAGGAUUUAAUGGAGCUUAAAGGGAUGAUAGGAGGAGCAGAUUCCUCUGUAUGAGUGCAGAUAAGGUGCAUCGUCUCAUUUCUUUGGCUUCCAAUUUAUCAGGCUAUCAUAACCAAGAAAAAAUAUGAUCAUCAUAGACUUUUGUCCCUGUUUUUUUUUAUCAUUAUCAGAAGUAUAUUUUUGUUUUAUUGGAGAUGUUAGCAAUUGUUUAAAGACAGCUUGUUUUCUUGAAUCUAGGGAGGAAAAUAAGAUAACAC